GAUGAGGUGUGAAUCGUGAAAUCUUCGUCUCGCAAAAAUGGUUUUAUUUUUAUUAUAAAAUCAUCAGUAAGCUCGAUUGUAUAAAGUUUUGUCAUGUUACUUAUGCGCCAUUAUUCAGCGGUCAUAAACGUUUAAUAAUACAACAGCGUAGUGCCUGUAGAAAUAGCCAUAAAUGUUUAUAAAACCACUCAGUUGAAGUCGAUUCCAAGAGGAACGAAUGGAGUAAUUUCCAUAUAAAAUAAUGAUGCAAACCAAUCUCAAAACUAAAGAAAUGUUUAUAGUUCGAGCACUAGAGAAGAUAUUGGCGGAUAAGGACAUAAAAAGGUCCUAUCACAGUCAGUUGAAAAAGUCUUGCGAAGUAGCUCUAGAGGAAAUUAAAACUGAAUUGAAAAAUGGAGGUCAACCAGAACCAUCUGAGAAUCCAUCAUUGGGCACCCUACCACUGCCCAAAACUGAUGCAUCAAAUGUUAUCACUGCUGAAAAAUAUUUCCUGCCAUUUGAACUGGCAUGCCAAAGCAAAGCAUCCAGGAUAGUUGUGACAGCUUUAGAUUGUCUGCAAAAACUUAUUGCAUAUGGUCACCUAACAGGCAAUAUUCCUGAUUCAACAACUCCAAGAAAACUUUUAAUUGACCGUAUUGUUGAAACCAUCUGUAGCUGCUUCACUGGCCCACAGACUGAUGAAGGAGUCCAACUACAAAUAAUAAAAGCUCUCCUCACGGUAAUAACGAGCCAACAUGUUGAGGUGCAUGAAGGGACUGUGCUGCUUGCUGUUAGAACUUGUUACAAUAUAUAUUUAGCCAGCAAAAAUCUUAUAAACCAAACAACAGCUAGGGCCACUCUAACACAAAUGCUUAAUGUAAUUUUUACAAAAAUGGAAAAUCAAGCUUUGGAAUCUGAUUCUGAUUCUAAUAUUACAGAAGUUCAACAUAAAAUACCCAAUGGUAGUGUUGUAAAUGAUGAAUGCAAUCCUAUCUCUAAUAAUCAUAUAAAUGAUGAGGACAAAGAUAUUACACCACAGCAAGAACAAAUUGAUGAAAUUUUGGAAGCUAAAAUUAUUGCUAAGCAAAUAGUGGAUUCAGUUAUAGACAAUGCAAUAACUAUCGCUUCCAAGAAAACCGCAGAUAAUGUUAGUGAAAAUAGUCCUGAAAAUAAUGAGAAUCCAUCAGAUUCACAAGAUAGUGGAAGUGUAUCCCAAGAAAGCAAUGGCCAAGCUGGUGCGGAAUCUUCCAUGACGCGAAUACCUUCUCAAGAAAGUGUAGACGUUGCAUCAGAGAAUGAUAAUUCAGUAACAGCAAAAUUUACCCACAUUCUGCAAAAGGAUGCAUUCCUUGUGUUUAGAGCACUCUGCAAGUUAUCCAUGAAACCUCUGCCUGAAGGCACACCUGAUCCUAAGUCACAUGAAUUGAGAUCUAAAAUUCUGUCAUUGCAUUUACUCCUAUCAAUUCUGCAAAAUGCAGGUCCUGUAUUUAGAAACAAUGAGAUGUUCAUAACUGCUAUUAAACAGUAUCUUUGUGUUGCAUUAUCAAAAAAUGGUGUGAGCUCAGUGCCUGAAGUGUUUGAGCUUUCUCUGGCAAUAUUUCUAGCUCUGCUUCAAAACUUUAAAGUUCACCUGAAAAAGCAGAUUGAAGUGUUUUUCAAAGAAAUUUUUAUGAACAUUUUGGAAACAUCAAGUUCCACAUUUGAACAUAAAUGGAUGGUUAUACAAGCUCUCACAAGAAUUUGUGGUGAUGCUCAAAGUGUUGUUGACAUAUAUGUUAACUAUGAUUGUGACUUAUCAGCUGCGAAUCUAUUUCAAAGAUUGGUGAACGAUGUCUCUAAGAUUGCACAAGGAAGACAAGCAUUAGAAUUGGGAGCUACACCUAAUCAAGAAAAAUCCAUGAGAAUUAGAGGACUAGAAUGUUUGGUUUCAAUAUUAAAAUGCAUGGUUGAAUGGAGCAAGGAACUUUACAUCAAUCCAAACUUACAAACUACUUUAGGUGAGAGAACUACUAAAGAAGACCCAGAUCACCACAGUAUUAAGUCUCACGGAGGAUCUAGCCUGAGUCUGGUUUCCACUGGUUCUAGUAAUAUUGGUAAUAGAGAAACAUUAGAUUCUCCUGAACAGUUUGAGGUACUAAAACAGCAAAAAGAAGUGUGGGAAACUGGCAUUGAUUUAUUCAAUAGAAAACCUAAAAAAGGAGUAGCUUUCUUGCAGGAGCAAAGUCUAUUAGGAACAUCCACAAAGGAAAUUGCAGAAUGGUUGCUAACUGAUGAAAGACUUGAUAAAACAUUCGUCGGUGAAUAUUUAGGAGAAAAUGACGAUCAUUCAAAAGAAGUUAUGUAUGCAUAUGUUGAUUCAAUGAAUUUCGCAAGUAUGGAUAUUGUGGCCGCUCUACGAUAUUUCUUAGAAGGAUUCAGGUUGCCUGGUGAAGCACAGAAAAUUGACAGACUAAUGGAAAAAUUUGCUUCACGUUAUUGUGAAUGCAAUCCUAAUAACACUUUAUUCAGUAGUGCUGACACAGUUUAUGUGCUAGCAUUUUCUAUUAUAAUGUUAACUACAGAUUUACAUUCCCCACAAGUAAAGAAUAAAAUGACAAAAGAACAGUAUAUUAAAUUGAACAGUGGUAUAAGUGACAAUAACGAUCUGCCGCGUGAGUAUUUGUCUCAAAUCUAUGAUGAAAUUGCUGGGCAUGAAAUUAAAAUGAAAAAUACUUCUAAACCUGGUAAACACAUGAUUGCUAAUGAAAAGAAACGUAAACUUAUAUGGAAUAUGGAAAUGGAACAAAUAUCUACUGCUGCAAAGAAUUUAAUGGAGUCUGUAUCUCAUGUUCAGACACCAUUUACUACUGCUAAACAUGUGGAACAUGUAAGACCCAUGUUUAAAAUGGCAUGGACACCUUUCCUUGCUGCAUUUUCAGUAGGUUUACAAGAUUGUGACGAUCCCGAAAUAGCUUCAUUGUGCUUGGAUGGAAUAAGAUGUGCUAUACGUAUUGCAUGUAUAUUCCACAUGUCGUUAGAAAGAGAUGCAUAUGUACAAGCACUUGCACGAUUUACUCUCCUUACAGCUAACUCUCCAAUCACAGAAAUGAAAGCUAAGAAUAUUGACACAAUAAAGACAUUAAUAACAGUCGCACAUACAGAUGGCAACUACUUAGGAUCGAGUUGGUUAGAUGUUGUUAAAUGCAUUUCUCAAUUGGAAUUAGCUCAACUCAUUGGAACUGGCGUACGACCACAAUUUUUGUCUGGAUCUGGUAUAAAACCACAACCAGAUUCACUAAAAUUCAGCUUAAUGACUUUAGAUCCUAGUGUAAAAGAGCACAUAGGAGAAACAAGUUCCCAAAGUGUUGUAGUUGCUGUUGACAGAAUCUUUACUGGCUCUACGAGACUUGAUGGUGAUGCAAUUGUUGAUUUUGUCAGAGCUUUAUGCCAAGUUUCACUUGACGAACUAAGCCAUCCGUCAAAUCCACGAAUGUUCUCACUUCAGAAAAUCGUAGAAAUAUCUUAUUACAACAUGGGACGAAUUAGGUUACAAUGGUCUCGAAUUUGGCAAGUGUUAGGUGACCAUUUCAAUAAAGUAGGUUGCAGUGGAAAUGAAGACAUUUCAUUCUUUGCAGUAGACUCCUUGAGGCAACUAUCAAUGAAAUUUAUAGAAAAAGGCGAGUUUGCUAACUUUAAAUUCCAAAAAGACUUCUUAAGGCCGUUUGAACAUAUUAUGAAGAAGAACAGCUCACCAACAAUAAGAGAUAUGGUGGUAAGGUGCAUAGCACAGAUGGUAAAUUCACAGGCACCAAAUAUUAAAUCAGGAUGGAAAAACAUCUUUUCAGUAUUCCAUUUGGCAGCAAGUGAUCAAGAUGAAGCAAUUGUAGACUUAGCAUUCCAAACCACAGGUAAGAUUAUAACAGAACUGUAUGAAAAACAAUUUUCUGCAAUGAUAGAUUCAUUCCAAGAUGCAGUGAAAUGUUUAUCUGAAUUUGCCUGUAAUGCCAAAUUCCCUGAUACAUCUAUGGAAGCAAUAAGGUUAGUGAGAUCCUGUGCCACAGCCGUUGGAUCUUCUCCUCAGUUAUUUGCUGAGCAUGCAGGCCUUGAAGGCGAACCGGGCGCACCUGAAGUAGACAGAGUAUGGUUGAGAGGAUGGUUCCCGCUGCUCUUCUCAUUGUCAUGCGUCGUAAGCCGUUGCAAAUUAGACGUUCGCACUCGAGGUCUGACAGUCUUAUUUGAGAUUAUAAAAACCCAUGGUGAUUCAUUCCGUCCGCAUUGGUGGAGAGAUUUAUUCAAUAUUCUCUUUAGGAUAUUUGACAAUAUGAAACUACCUGAGCAUCAGUUGGAAAAGAACGAGUGGAUGACUACAACUUGCAAUCACGCGUUGUACGCAAUCGUUGAUGUCUUCACGCAGUACUUUGACGUUCUUGGUACACUCUUACUCGAACAACUCUAUUCACAGUUACACUGGUGUGUGCAACAAGACAACGAACAACUCGCGAGAUCUGGUACAAAUUGUUUAGAAAAUCUAGUCAUUUCAAAUGGAACAAAAUUCAAUGAUGAUACGUGGAGUAAUACGUGCCAGAUUAUGUUAGACAUAUUUAACAGCACGCUACCAACAACGCUGCUUACUUGGAAACCAGAAGAAAGUGACGACGGGGAAACGCCACACAUACGUCAUGGUAUACUGAAGAAACCCCAAGCAGGGGAUGAUGUUAAAACCUCCAACAGAGUAUUUAACAGUCUUCUAAUAAAAUGUGUGGUACAACUCGAAUUAAUCCAAACCAUCGACAAUAUUGUCUUCUAUCCGGCAACAUCGAGAAAAGAAGACGCUGAAACGUUAGCUUUAGCUGCUGCAGAAUUAACUGGGGGCACACCAGGUACAGAACAAGAAUGUCAACGUGAAGAGCAAGGCAUGUACAGAUUAUUGAGCUCACCUCAUCUGCUGCGACUUGUCGAAUGCUUAAUGUGCAGUCACCGCUUCGCUAAAACAUUCAAUACGAACAACGCCCAAAGAAAUGUUCUAUGGAAAGCCAAUUUUAAAGGAGCAGUGAAACCAAAUAUGCUGAAACAAGAGACGCAAUCUUUAGCUUGUGUUUUGCGAAUCCUAUUCAAAAUGUACAGUGACGAAGCCCGUAGAGAUCACUGGCCUGCAGUACAAAAAAGUUUAAUAAAUAUCUGCUGCGAAGCCUUGGAAUAUUUCGCUGGCGUUACCAAUGAAACCCAUAGAGACGCUUGGACGUCGAUCCUGCUGCUGAUUCUCACGAGAAUACUUAAGAUGCCCGACGAAAGAUUUGCGGCACACGUGUCCAGCUACUACCCCCUGCUGUGUGAGAUCACCUGCUUCGACCUGAAGCCCGAGUUACGCUCCGUACUUCGCCGCGUAUUCAUCCGCAUCGGACCAGUAUUCAACAUCGUCUCCAACACGCAAUAAUGCACUCU